UUGCUAGGUGUAGCUUCUUGGUGGCGGCAGUGACUCUAGGGUUUUCUUCAUCUGCACAUUCAAUCACCACCAACCAUGGGUCACUCCAAUGUGUGGAACUCCCACCCUAAGAACUAUGGUCCUGGUUCCCGUUCCUGUCGUGUCUGUGGCAAUCCUCAUGGAUUGAUACGGAAGUAUGGUCUGAUGUGCUGUAGGCAAUGCUUCCGCAGCAAUGCCAAGGAAAUUGGAUUUAUUAAGUACCGCUGAGCGCUAGACAAUCUGUCCAACACUGGUGGAGGUUCUGUCUGAAGAUCUUGUCGCCAGAUGUUCACUUUUAUAAUUAUCCUGAUGUAGUUUCUCGAUUUUUAGUUUGUCCAUCUUGUUAGCCAAUUGGGAACACCUGCAAUUGUUAAUGUUACUGUUGAGACAUGCAACUUCCAUCAAUUAUGUUGCUUAAUAUUGCCCAACUUUUUCACGGUGUUGGAGCUUCUUAUUCAAUUCAAUGUUUGCUCUGAAGAAUUCAUAUUUGUCUGCAUUCAUGCUUUGUGUCUUGUACACCAUGGAAUUGGCAAAGCAUGGCCCGUAUGGGUUCGUCUUAAAAAUUAGCCCAGCCCUACUUUUAUCCCCUUAUCCCCACCGCUUUUCUGGUAGACUUUAAAAGUUUGUGUCUUUCCAAAUCUGGGUGACGAAAGGCCUCAUUUUUUGACUUCUGGGUAUUGGUUUUAUUUGCUUAAAUGGUAACUCUGUCUUAUUAUAGGUUGAGGUGCUUAUAAAGGGUUUUUGGGGAGGGAGUGUCGUUAAGGGUGAGAAGAAUAAUUGCACUCUUCCAUCUUGCUUUGCUUUCUGAGGACAUUUCUAUUUAGGGGUUUCGUGGUUUGAAGAGUGGGAAGAAGGCUUCUGGUGGUUACAGAAGAUAUUGACAUUAUGAAGAUUGUUGGCAUCUGGGUUUCCCUGUUUCUGUUUGGAACGGUUCUGCUGGUCCUCAGCUUCUCUGUCAGCGAAGGUUUGGCAUUUCCCCAAGACAGUGAUGGUAUGACAGCAGCAAUCAGUCGGAAAUUGAAGAGGAAUUCUUAUGAUAAAAGUAAUGAGAAGAGGAGCAAUGUGGAUCUGGAAGAUUAUCAUCCCAUCGAUCCAGUUCCAAGUUCAAAGGCUUCCAUAAAACCUGGACCCAUCCAGCAUGGUAGCCCUCUUAUACCAUACAUCCCAGGGAAGCCUUCACCUCCUGGACAUCCUAAGACUGGUGGAUCCACUUAGCCUGCUAAUGAGCCAUUUCUCAGCGAAAUGCUAGAAUGUCAAAAAUGUAGCAAAUUAAGUAACUUGUUUCUGAUUUCACUUAAUCAUGUUGUCUUUAAUAUUCUGUCCAGACAGUGAGGCAGUCAUCGAGAGUACCUAUGUAUUAUGCAUAUGUUUGUGUUUCUAUGAUCUGCAGGAAUGCUGUUCCAUUACUGACUCUGGCUUAACGUAUGUUCUUCAACAAAUAACAAGUUCACUUCAUU